AUGACGUACAAUCAAGACGAGCUUGUAGCCCCAGACUGGUUGAACGAUGAGUUCUUUCGUGAUGUGAUGCGUGAAUCGAAUAAUGAUCCAACGAUCGAGCUUACCAGUGCAUGUGUGUUACGUCCAGGUACGAACAAGGGUGACCAUUAUGCUAGCGUUAUGUUCCGAACGACCGUCAAUUAUCGAUCGACGCGUUCCCGUGAAGAGAAAUCGGUCAAUAUCAUUAUGAAAACGAAACCUGAGGCAGAGGGCAUGAAAAAGGAGUUGCUUGAUGAUGAUGGACUGUUUGCGAUCGAAAUCGACAUGUACAGCAAGACGUUACCGGAGAUGGCGCGAAUGUUGAAGGAAAUCGGAGAGGAGUAUAAGUAUCCUCGAUACAUUUAUGGAUCACUGAAGCCUCGGCCCAUACUUAUUCUCGUAGACAUCAGUGAUCAGGGAUGGGUUAUGAGAGAUUUUAUCAGCACAUUGGACGAUAUGAGACCGACAGUGAAAGAUAUAGCAAUGUUCCAUGCUGCAUCCGUGAUGAUAGAAAGCUCGGAUCCCACGUUCGCAGAAAGAUACUCCUACUCUAUAGCUGAAAAGCUGAUGGGUUUCGAGGGCAUGAUCAAGAAGGGCUUUGGAGACUUGAUGCAGCUAACAGCGUUAUAUCCGGAGUUUGCUCACUUUGCCAAACCCUUGGAGAAGUUUCAAGAAAAUAUUCGGGAAUUUUACAUUUCAGUGUACGCUCGAUCCAAAACGCACCAAAACGUGUUGAUACAUGGCGACUUCCAUAGCAAAAAUAUGCUUCACCAAGUUGAUAAGGAAGGGCGACACACGGACACGAUAUUGCUCGAUUAUCAGAUAUGCAGCUGGACUUCACCUGCCAUAGAUUUGUACUAUCUGCUGGAUAUGAUACCCACACAAGAGGUUAAGGAUGAACAUCGAUCUGAGUUGAUUUAUAUGUACUACCAGCAGUACAGUGAUUUAUUGAAGCGUUUGGGUUUUCUGGGAAAGAUACCAACCAUGCUGGAACUACAAAUGGAACUUCUGCGUUAUGCUGGACUUGAACUACUGCACUACGUCAUCUUCAGCUCAUUCCGGUACAUGGACCAAAGUGAUAUCGAUAUCGAGGCGUUGCUGAAAGGUGAAGUCGGUAAUCCUGUGUUGCACAACCCGGAGUUCAAGAAGCUAAUGCAUAGAGAGCUAACACGAUUCCUUCACCAAGGAAGUUUUUAG